AUGCCACGAAACUGGCUCAUCAAAUUGUAUGCGUGGUGCCGAUCCAUUCACAAGGUACUCCAUGGCCUGAUCGGUCACGGAGGAUACGGCGAGAUUUACUACGCCGUGGAUAUAAGAAGUGCAGAAGAGGUGGCUAUAAAAGUGGAGCCGAAAAAGAGGAAAGGUCGUACCGUCAAACGAAUGAUUUUAGAGCAGAAGGUUCUUCUCCGAUUACAAGGCAGACCCCACAUACCCAAAAUGAUUGCCUCUGGUCAUGAUCAUAAAAUCAAUUUCAUCGGUAAGUUUAUGGAUGGACGAUAUCUGUGA